AUGCAGUUUGAUAAUGCGAUUGAUUCUACUGCCACUAGAAGUGACGAGGAGAAACUCCGCAACGCUGUCAAGAGCCUUCCUCAGAAAGCGAUAAACCACGUGUUCCCUCACCCUGUGUAUUCCCCUGUGCUUCACGUAGCUGUGCAAAAUAACUCCCUGGAACUGGUUCAAAUUCUCCUCGCUGCAGCUGCUGAUCCCAAUGCUAGGGACCAGCGAGGUAAGAAGUUUUGUCCUAUCCACUACGCGACGCAGAAUGGCAACAAAGAGAUUCUCGAAGCCCUGCUGAAGGCCGGCGCGGAUCCCAACGCCAAAGAAGGAGAGUUUGGGCGAACUUCUCUCCACAUCCUGGCCACACGAUGGAAGACCAACGAGGAUGAUUACAAAGCCUUCCUGGACGUUCUCUUGAGUUACAAAAAGAUCAAGAUUGACAGCUUGGACAGCAACGGUUCCUCGCCGUUGUACAUGGCAGCCAUGAAGUCCUGGGAAUACAUGGUGCGGCAAAUGAUCUUGAAGGGAGCCAACAUCGAGAGCGCCGUCGGCAACAAGACAGCUGGCGACAUUAUUCGCAAAAAGUUGCCUGGGCUUCUGGAAACCAUUGAUUUCUCCGUGAUCGAGAAGCCUAAACGAUUCUAUGGGGAAGAACUCUAUGAUGCUCUCAAAGAUGGAGAUGUUGACUUGUUUAGAGAAAUUCUUCAGGAAGUGGACAAUUCCGAUGAAGUGAAGUAUAAAGCGUCCAUUAUCGAGGAGGACCACGGGGAAUACACACUCCUACAAUAUGCCUGCGAUAACGGGAUGCAGGAUUUUGUGGAGGUCCUCCUGAAACACGGGGCCAAUCCUGUACGAAAGGAUGACACCAGCAAGAUGUCACCUAUCAUGUAUGCAACGAGAAAUGGUUACUACAAAAUUGUCGAAAUGCUGAUUGAUUCCAUGAAGUCCCUGAGGGAACUGGAAAAGGGGGCACUGAAGCAAUGUGAUCAAAGGAAGGAGACCCCCCUCCACAAGGCAGUGAAGCGAGAGUAUCCCGAGAACAGUGAAGACGUCGAUUAUAAGAAGUGCCUGAACCUGCUCUUGGAGAAGAAACGUUACCUUGACAUUGAUGCCCAGGAUGAGUUUGAUAACACACCCCUCCAUUACGCGGUUCUCUGUGAUGACCAAAGCUUUGUCCGCACACUGCUUCUGAAUGGGGCUCAUCUGGGCAUUAGGAACAAGUUCGGAACCCUUGCUAUCACUCGCAUCCAGGCGUCAGUACUCGAGGAAGUACUUAAUGACUGUAUUAAGUAUAAGAACAAUGUAGCUGAUCGAGAUUUCGAAAUUAUCAUGCAUUAUAGCAUGCUAGCCCCUGCACAGGCCUCGCAGCAACCAGAGACUGAGUGCCUGAGGUUUCUUAGUAGCUCGCGCAAGCAUCGUCGCCUUCUUUUGCACCCUAUAAUAGACACCUUCCUCUUCCUGAAAUGGCAGAGGAUUAGGCAGUAUUACUUCUUUAAUAUAUUCGCUUACACGGCCUUCCUUAUUCUUCUUACUGCAUAUGUAUUGAUAUACUUUGGAACAUUUAUAGAUCCUUCCGAAGCCACUCCUCAGAAUGAAACGGAGGUUGCAAGUUUGAACAGUCCAGCGGAGGAGUCCAUCGCAGACCAAGGUAUGACUGUGGAGAAAAUGAAAGAAGCACUGAUGGAGAACUUGGUCAUUAAAUUCCUCCUUAAAGCAGUUAUUUCAAUCUUCGCACUCUAUAUCGCUGUACGAGAAGGAGUCCAGUUCUGCGUGUCCUGGAGACUUUAUGUGUCACGUUUGGAGAACUGGCUUGAGAUUUCCAUUGUGGUGUUGACGUUCGUGCUCCUCUUCCUCCCCCUGAGCGCAGGGCCGCAGCAGAGUCUCUCGGCGUGGCUGGUUCUCUUCUCGUGGAUCGAGUUCAUCUUGCUGCUUGGCCGUCAUCCCUACCUGGCUGUGUACAUCACCAUGUUCACCACCGUCACCUAUAACUUCCUCAAGUUCAUCAUCAUGUUUUCUUUCAUGAUUGUCGCCUUCAGCAUUAGUUUCUACCUUGUGUUCCAAGUUGACGAUAACUUUAAGACGUAUCACCAGUCACUCCUGAAGACUAUAGCCAUGACCACAGGUGAAAUUGAAUAUACAGACCUUCCCCUCUCCACCCUGCCUGUUUCAUCACAUUUGCUGUUUGUAUUGUUUGUUUUCCUCAUUGUUCUGGUGCUGAUGAAUCUCCUCAAUGGUCUGGCCGUCAGCGAUAUCCAGCAGAUUCAGCAGGAAGCGGAGAUCGUCAGUUACAGCAGUCGCGUUGAACUCAUCUCGUACAUCGAGUCCGUGUUCCUGGCAAGCCCAUUUCAGAGAAUUCUUCCGGGGCCCAUCACGUGCUGCGAAAAUGGCGGAGACGACUGCUUCCUCGCGACGUGUCUGGAUUCCUCCAACCCAGCGACAAAGCUCCUGAACUGGAUGGGGCGGAGGACGCUCAUGUUCCAGUCCUGCCUCAGGGAGCGCCGCAUAACCGUGUACCCGAACCGAGGCAUGGACCGCUGGCACGUCUGCGAUUGCCAUUCGUUCCAUUUGAAGGAAGCUCAGAUCGAAGCUGCAAAGGACGUCGUACUCGAGAAAGAACAUUCGGUUUCCGAUCACCGCUUGUCUAGUCUGGAGUACCGCCUUGAUGAGGUUAUGGCUGCCAUUUCGUCCUUGGCGGAUAAGGUUAACAAACAUGUACUGUGUCCUUCCCCGUCCUCCCAGUGACUAUGUCGCUCUUCGCGCUCUCUCACUGAAAUAAGCAUGUAGUUUGUUCUGAACUUUUUCUGUGCAUUUGGUGCUUUAACAGAUUGAAGCAACGUACCUGCAAUGAAUAACAAUGUUAUGAAGGAUUUCCCUAUAAGUGUUUUCACGUUUUAUUUCUAAUUGGUUGUGUGUGUGUGUGUGUGUGUGUGUGUGUGUGUGUGUGUGUGGUGUGUGUGUGUGUGUGUGUGUGUGUGUGUGUGUGUGU